CGACGGUCGACUGAACUAUUGGGAGUCAAUAUGCCAACGUUUUCUGUCAUGUACAAAGGAGCAGUUAUCAUUAGCAGGACACUAAUGGGUCCGUAUGGGGUAGAUCGUGCUGUUCAUGAAAUAGAAUUUACUGACUGUGAGAAUGGACUGGGGAUCAAAGUGAUUGGAGGAAUGAAGGAGUUAACGGGAGAGGAGUUUGGAGUCUACGUCAAAAGGAUUUUACCUGGUGGCCUUGCUUCAAGUGAUGGACACCUUCAGGCGGGAGACCAGAUCUUAGAGGUGAAUGGGGAGAGUUUACUAGGGGUCACCAGUGAAAGAGCAGUAGAUGUUCUGAGAUCAGCGUCCUCGAGCAACCAAAUGCGCCUUCUGAUCGCCAGAGACGAGGAAGCCAGGAGAGAGUUUUCAGAGCUUUUGGAGAAGUAUGGAUCCAGCAGUAGUACUGGGUCAACACGCAACUCUCCCAUCCAGCAUGCAGGCAGAUAUCUGGACAGCACAUCGUCCGGGUCCUCGUCACGCUCCCAGAGUCCUUUGCUUUUGAGUCCUGCUGGCUCUCAGAGCACCUACAACAACCCUCUACUGCGCUCCCUCAGUCACCCAGGAGAGGGUGUGAUCCAGCUGAUCUCUGUAGCCCGCUCCUCUAGUCUGGGCAUCGCCAUCGGCGGAGGCUCCAAUAGGCCGGACGGCCCUGCGGUCUUCAUCCAGGAGGUUCUGUCUGGGGGAGACUGCCACAGGGAUGGGCGCCUGAGGCCAGGGGAUCAGCUCAUUGCCAUCAACAAGGAGUCCUUGAUAGGGGUGACCCACGAGGAGGCUAGGAGCAUGGUCAACAAGGUCAAAUUCAGUCAAGAGGCGGUGGUGGAGGUCGCUUUCAUCCCUGGUAAAGGUCCGUUCCCCAACAGCACGUCUUUACACAACGGUGUCCAGCGCGGCGUUGGCAACGGGUACAGCUCCGGACGCUUAAAAGUCCACGUCAGAUCACCAGAGAUCCGUACGGGGGAACCCGCCCCACUGCCUUCUCCCUCCCCUGACAUCUGCCCUCCAGAUAUACACAUUUCAGGCUCGGCCCCCAGCCAGAGAACAGUGUUGUCUGCAGCCAAACCCAAGAUCACCCUGGACCCUCACAUACGCCUCAAGUCUGACAAACUGGACCUGGCGUUGUCGUACCUGGGUCUGGACGUGACGGAGGAGAAGAGGAGGAAGCUGAGACAAAGUCUCAUCACUGACCCACAGGGAACCGUGUCCUAUGGAGACUUUGUUGAGGCCACACGCAACGUCUACCAACAGAAUCUGGAGGAGGCGGGACUAGGGCAGAAAGAGUUCAUGUUCUCCUAUCACGAAGCAGCUAGCUUGAUGGACACCUCUGCCUUCCACUCCCCGACCUUUGAUUCAGAUUCCUACAGUAGUGAAGAACUGGAGCACUUUCAGGCGGAGGUGAAACAGCUGCAGAGCCAGAUUAAGCAACUCAAGUCCAAUCACAGUCAACCUGAUGGUUUUCCUACACUACCCCAGAUCAGUCAACCUGCUGGUUUUCCUACACUACCCCAGAUCAGUCAACCUGCUGGUUUUCCUACACUACCCCAGAUCAGUCAACCUGAUGGUUUUCCUACACUACCCCAGAUCAGUCAACCUGAUGGUUUUCCUACACUACCCCAGGUCAGUCAACCUGCUGGUUUUCCUACACUACCCCAGAUCAGUCAACCUGCUGGUUUUCCUACACUACCCCAGGACACAGAGCACAGCAAGUCGACCCUGGAGGAGGAGCUACACAACACCUCAGAGAAAGUGUGUGCGACGGUGGAGGAGAACAGUCGUCUGAAGACUCGUCUGCAGGUAGCGGAGGCAGUGCAGAGAGACAGACAGAGUAACAGUGCAGAGCAGGACUAUGAAGAGGUCAUUACACUGCUAGAGGCUGAGAUCAAAGACCUGAAGAACCAACUGGCGGGCAACAAACAGAAGGGUCUGGAAGCUACUAAGGAAGAUGUGAUGGAGUUAAACAGGAAGUUGUCGAUGAUUGACAUUCAGCUGAGGAAGUCUGAGCUGAGCAGAAGACACCUGGAGAUCUCCAACAAGAAACUACUGGGAUUCGCACAGAAUGUUCACAAAGUGCUCACCACCCCCAGCUUGUUUGGAAUGGAAAAUGGGAGUAACAGGACCUCUCCAGCCACAGACAGUCCAGAGACCCCCUCUCCCAUCCCAGACCCAGCCUGCCAGUUAGCUGCAGAGGCCAGGGAGCUGGUGGAGGGGGUCAGAUCCCUGAGCAGCACCGAUGAUACAGCCCCUCUCAGUGACUCAGAGGGGUGUGAACCACCUGACCCAGCCAUGGACCCUAACCGAGCAACACACCCUCAUAGCUUGCCGGCUCAGACAUCUCCUACAGAAGAUCCGGCCAAAGACAAGCGGCGCCAGUAGAGAACGUUCAGAGAACGUCACAGAGAGCGUUUUAGAGAACGUUACAAGGACGUGAAAAGAACAACGUGGCUGGGGACUAGGCUCAGAAGAACACUGUGGUUGGCUGACUACGUUUACCUAAAACUACCAACGACCCUUUAAAAGACAGACAGACAAAUUGAGAGCGACAACCAGACAGACUGUAUGUAGGAUGCUAUGCAGUGUGCGUAAAAAAAACAAAAACACUUACAACUCUUUAAAAAUGAACUACUGUCAUUAGUUGAGGCUUCAGUCAAUGUUCUGGGAUUGCUUUACCGAUUAACUGCAAAAUGUUCUAGUUGAUCUGUUUUCUAAUACAGCUGUGUGUGUACUUAUAAUUCUCUGUUGAUAUUUAGCAUUUAUCAGAAUGUGAACGAAGGGUAGAUUCUCAACUGGGAGGGACUGGGAACGGUAGCAGGUUUUGAGGUGAAAUGGCAGACACUUGUAGAUGCAGUUCAGUUUGUUCCAAAGAGCUUGCCGUAGCCGAUUAGACAGCACUACAAAGCCAAGGCGCUACCGUUAGGUGUGUAGGUGUACAGACAUACAGCAUGAGCUAUGAUGAUGAUGAUGAUGAUGAUGAUGAUGAUGCACUGAACCUUUCUAUCCAUGAGUUCCAAUACUCUCUAAAAGAUUCAUUCUUUCAUGUCCUAUUUCCUUGUAUCCUAUUUCCUUGUAUCCUAUUUCCUUGUACCCUUCCUGACCACUGACAUCUGGAGAGACCGGAUAGUGACGUUCAAUAUGCCGGUAUGACAUUCGUUGGCUGCUCGUCAAAUUGGUUCCAUCCGUUUAUUUUUGGGAUCAGCGGCCCUCAAGGACACGAAGAGGGAUGAAGACGUUUGUGUUCAUUAUCUGACAGAGGACAGAAAUGUGUAUUUUUGCUCACAACAGUUCCCAGAGGCGAGGAGAGGAAGCCAGGCUAGGGUAUUGGAACCUAACCCUAAGCUGUCUAUGUAGCUGUAUUGCCAUGGCUACAGUAAGUGCCCUGUGUGUGUAUACUUCAGAGAGAGAGAGAGGAUAACGUGGACGAUGUGCCCUGAUCCAAAGCGUCUCAUCCUGAUGACAUCGUGUCACCAUGGUGAUGACCCUGUGUACAGAAACGGUUUGUCCCUUAUACUGAAGUGCUCUGAUGAACUGUCUGUUUUGAAGAUGAUUUUGUACUGGAAAAGCCCAUUUUCUGUUACGGAUACCGAGGUAGAGGAAGACGCUUUAGGACCUGCACGAGCUGUCAUGGCGACGCCGAGACGUCUGCUUUUGCUGUUAUUAUAAAACCUUGUAAAUCUUUAAGCUGAUAGAAAUAUUGCACUCUCCUUUGAUGUCCUUCUCCACAUCUUCUGACACACACACACACACACACACACACACACACACACACACACACACACACACACACACACACACACACACACACACACACACACACACACUCCAUAUACACACACACACUCCAUAUACACACACACACACACAAACCCCAUGCAAACACACACUCACGUAGGCCUUGUCUAUGAGGAUUCCUUUCUUCCUUACUGUUGAGUUUUGUGAAUACUUACUUCUCUGUCAUAUCACAUAUGUUCCGUGACUUCUGUUAGAACUGCGUCUCCAUAGCGACAGCUGUGUGGAAGUUCCGUUCCAUAACCAUAACCCACAGCUUGUCCUCUGAGAUUGAGGUUAUGUCACCAAGACAAUAAAAAAAAGAAUGGAAAAAACAACAACAAUGGCCUUUUAGCAGCGGCUGUGUCUCGAUAGUCGUAACCAGCUCCCUUUCCUUGUGUCCUUUCCUUGUGUCCUUUUCCUUCAUGAUCAGUGAUAUGGAAAGAAGUGAUACUGUAGGUAAAAAAGCAAUAGGGUGGAAAGCCAUCCAAUCCUUUCACCUGUUAGAGGUCCCGAAGGAAAGGAAAUGAGGGGAGGAGACAAGGAAAGGAUGUAAUGAAAGAGUAUUGAGACCCAGCCGGUGUCUAUCAACUCAAAACACCUGAUACUUCCCUCAGUGCGAAUGAAGGAAAGGAGACGAGGAAGGAAGCCAAUGACGAGUAUUGAGACACAAGCUGACAAGGUACAAAAUCUGUCGUUCUGCCCCUGAACAGGCAGUUAACCCACUGUUCCUAGGCCGUCAUUGAAAAUAAGAAUUUGUUCUUAACUGACUUGCCUAGUAAAAUAAAGGUAAAAUAAAAUGAAUAAAUAAAAUAAAACAACGCAAAGCAGUGAAUCUCAACUGGAACCAGCAUCCGUAGCAUAAUCACCAGUACCAUACUAUCACUGCAUGGUUCUGGUUCUGGUUCUGGUUCUGACAACCUGUCGUUCAACAUCCAACUGAGGAAUCAAACGUUUGGUUUCAGGAAUGUCGAGAAAACAUGAGUUAUUAAACUGUCCUGUUUAAAAUAAUAGGUUGUAUGAUAACGAUACCUGUGUGCUGGGACAUAUGGGCCUGCGUCCCAAUAAUCUCUCCGUUCUCCCGAAGUGUGCACUCGUUCACUUUCCUUUAUGGAUUUCAAAGGACACGACUGGAAUAUGGAACUCCCUCUAGAGUCCAGCCCAUGCCAACACAUAUCCAUGUAUUUUACAUUUGUACCGAGGAGUGAACGAGUGCACACUUCAGGAAAGAAAGAGAGAGUUUUGGGACACAAGUCAAGGAGAUGUGUACAACAGGAGGUCCUCUAACAUUAAUAAGACCGUAGCUGAAGGUGUCAGAUGUGGACAACAGGAGGUCCUCUAACAUUAAUAAGACCGUAGCUGAAGGUGUCAGAUGUGUACAACAGGAGGUCCUCUAACAUUAAUAAGACCGUAGCUAAAGGUGUCAGAUGUGUACAACAGGAGGUCCUCUAACAUUAAUAAGACCAUAGCUGAAGGUGUCAGAUGUGUAGGUGUCAGAUGUGUACAACAGGAGGUCCUCUAACAUUAAUAAGACCGUAGCUGAAGGUGUCAGAUGUGUACAACAGGAGGUCCUCUAACAUUAAUAAGACCGUAGCUAAAGGUGUCAGAUGUGGACAACAGGAGGUCCUCUAACAUUAAUAAGACCGUAGCUGAAGGUGUCAGAUGUGUACAACGGGAGGUCCUCUAACAUUAAUAAGACCGUAGCUGAAGGUGUCAGAUGUGUACAACAGGAGGUCCUCUAACAUUAAUAAGACCGUAGCUAAAGGUGUCAGAUGUGUACAACGGGAGGUCCUCUAACAUUAAUUAGACCGUAGCUGAAGGUGUCAGAUGUGUACAACAGGAGGUCCUCUAACAUUAAUAAGACCGUAGCUGAAGGUGUCAGAUGUGUACAACAGGAGGUCCUCUAACAUUAAUAAGACCGUAGCUGAAGGUGUCAGAUGUGGACAACAGGAGGUCCUCUAACAUUAAUAAGACCGUAGCUGAAGGUGUCAGAUGUGUACAACAGGAGGUCCUCUAACAUUAAUGAGACCGUAGCUGAAGGUGUCAGAUGUGUACAACAGGAGGUCCUCUAACAUUAAUAAGACCGUAGCUGAAGGUGUCAGAUGUGCACAACAGGAGGUCCUCUA